AUGGUGUUUGAGCUCAAACCAUUUGACGACCUAAAGGUCAAUCCAAACAACAAGCAAAGAGUUGCGUAUUUCUACGAUUCCGAUGUGGGGAAUUAUGCGUAUGGUGCCGCACAUCCGAUGAAACCACAUAGAAUAAGGAUGGCGCACUCUCUGAUCAUGAACUAUGGUCUGUACAAGAAGAUGGAGAUUUACCGGGCAAAGCCGGCAACCAGACAGGAGAUGUGCCAGUUCCACACGGACGAGUACAUUGACUUCCUUGCCAGAGCAACUCCGGACAACCUGGAGAUGUUUUCCAAAGAGCAGGCCAAGUUCAACGUUGGAGACGACAGUCCUGUGUUUGAUGGUUUGUUUGAGUACUGUGGUAUUUCUGGAGGAGGAUCCAUGGAAGGUGCCGCCAGACUCAACAGAGGAAAAUGCGAUAUCGCCAUCAAUUACGCCGGAGGUUUGCACCAUGCUAAAAAAGCCGAGGCCUCUGGGUUUUGUUAUGUCAAUGACAUUGUUUUGGGAAUCAUCGAGCUUUUGAGAUACCAUCCACGUGUCUUGUACAUCGAUACCGAUGUGCACCAUGGUGACGGUGUCGAAGAGGCCUUCUAUACCACAGAUCGUGUGAUGACCUGCUCGUUCCACAAGUACGGAGAAUUUUUCCCUGGUACAGGUGAGCUCAGAGAUAUUGGUGUUGGCAAGGGAAAAUACUAUGCCGUCAACGUGCCUCUGAGAGACGGAGUUGACGAUAUUUCGUACAAGUCGAUCUUUGAGCCGGUGAUCCAGAAAAUUAUGGACUGGUAUCAGCCAUCUGCCGUUGUUCUUCAAUGUGGAGGUGACUCGCUUUCCGGUGACAAACUUGGAUGUUUCAACUUGUCUAUGCGCGGACACGCUAACUGUGUGAGCUUUGUGAAACGCUUUAACGUGCCAACCAUGGUUCUUGGAGGUGGAGGGUACACCAUGAGAAACGUUGCCAGAACUUGGGCAUUCGAGGCUGGUUUGCUCAACGAGACUCUUUUGGAUUCCGAUCUUCCUUUCAACGACUACUACGAAUAUUUUGGACCCGAUUACAAGCUUGAUGUGAGACCUUCGAACAUGCACAACGCCAAUUCGCCUGAGUACCUCAACAGAAUUCUCACGCAGAUUUUGGUCAGUCUUGAAAACACCAAGCACACUCCUUCUGUGCAGAUGCACGAUGUUCCUCCUGACCUUGCCGACUUCGACGACGACCCAGAGGAGGACACCAAGGAGGCCAUCGACACCCGUGGAGGUUCGCAGAAAGCGCAUGAUGAACGAAUCAUUCCCGACAACGAGUACUUCGAUAAGGACGAGGACGCAUCCAAGUCCAAAGACUCGACCAACUACAACGAGGCUGCAAAGUCCACCCCUUCCAUCAUCCCUCCAAGCUACUACAGCGAGGUUGCAGAGGAAAUGGUGAAAGAACUUGAGCAGCAAGAGAAGGACGACAAGAUUGAGCAACCUACCGAGACUGCAGAGACUGUAGAGUCUACAGAAGCCAAGCAGCCAGAACCGGCUGCUAGCAACGGAGUCCACGAAAAGGAGAUGAAUUAA